AUGGACGCCUCAUCCAACGGAAUCCAAGAGCCUUUUGACCUUAUACGACUGUCUCUUAGCGAGCGUGUCUUUGUAAAAUUGCGUGGAGACCGCGAACUGACGGGCGUCUUACAUGCAUACGAUGGACAUAUGAACCUGAUUCUGAGUGACGUGGAGGAAACAAUCAUGAUUGUAGACCACGUUGAAGGAGCACCGGAAGGGCAUGCUACUGUAAAUAUUGCGAAGCGCAAAAUGGAGAUGCUUUUCGUCAGAGGAGACGGUGUCAUACUGGUCUCCCCGCCAUCCCGGACAUAG